AUGGCCAGUCGCCAAGAGGAGCACUACCAUGCCCAGGCCUACAAGUCACCUGGGCCUUCCUACAUGCAGUCUAGUGCCUGGCUCUGGGUGUGGAAAGGGCCAUUAUCUCCAGCAACCCCUGGAAUCAAACCAUCCAAGCACGAGGUGUUUGCCCAGAUUGUCCAUUUCUGGGGCCUGGGCAGUGAGCUGGUAAAUUCGGUGCUGGAGCAAGUGGCCCAUGAGCAGGCCCACAGAGAUGACGUGCCACCGUACUUCAAGACAGAGCCAGUGCGCACCCAAGUACAUCUGGAGGGGAACCGCCUGGUGCUCACGUGCAUGGCUGAGGGCAGCUGGCCACUGGAGUUCAAGUGGUUACACAACAACCGGGAGCUGACCAGGUUCUCGUUGGAGUACAGGUACAUGAUCACCAGCCUGGACCGCACCCACGCUGGCUUCUACCGCUGCAUCGUGCGCAACCGGAUGGGGGCCCUGCUACAGCGGCAGACUGAGGUCCAGGUGGCCUACAUGGGGAGCUUCGAGGAAGGCGAGAAGCACCAGAGCGUGUCCCACGGAGAAGCCGCUGUCAUCCGGGCACCUCGAAUCUCCAGCUUCCCCCGGCCACAGGUGACCUGGUUCCGUGAUGGCCGCAAGAUCCCGCCCAGCAGCCGCAUAGCCAUCACGCUGGAAAACACCCUGGUCAUCCUGUCCACGGUGGCUCCCGAUGCUGGUCGCUACUACGUGCAGGCUGUUAACGACAAGAACGGAGACAACAAGACUAGCCAGCCUAUCACUCUUGCCGUGGAGAAUGUUGGGGGACCUGCUGACCCCAUUGCACCAACCAUCAUCAUCCCCCCCAAGAACACUAGUGUUGUGGCUGGGACCUCGGAGGUGACCAUGGAGUGUGUGGCCAAUGCCAGGCCUCUGAUCAAGCUGCACAUUGUCUGGAAGAAAGACGGGGCCGUGCUCUCCAAUGGUAUCAGUGAUUACAACCGCAGGCUCACCAUCACCAACCCCACGGUCAGCGACGCCGGCUACUAUGAGUGUGAGGCUGUGCUGCGCAGUAGCAGUGUGGCCCCCGUCACCCGGGGAGCCUACCUCUUGGUGCUGGAGCCGCCUCAGUUUGUCAGAGAGCCUGAGAGACACAUCACAGCAGAGAUGGAGAAGGUGGUGGACAUCCCCUGUCGAGCCAAAGGGGUACCACCUCCCUCCAUCACCUGGUACAAGGAUGCUGCGCUGGUGGAGGUGGAAAAGCUGACGCGCUUCAAGCAGCGCAGUGAUGGCGGCCUGCAGAUCAGUGGCCUGCUGCCCGAUGACACUGGCAUGCUCCAGUGCUUCGCCCACAAUGCCGCUGGAGAGGCGCAGACCUCCACCUACCUGGCUGUCACCAGCAUCGCCCCUAAUAUCACCAGGGGCCCCCUUGACAGUACAGUGAUUGACGGGAUGUCAGUGGUACUGGCGUGCGAGACCUCAGGAGCACCACGGCCUGCUAUCACUUGGCAGAAAGGGGAGCGCAUCUUAGCAAGUGGCUCUGUCCAGCUGCCUCGCUUCACGCUGCUGGAGUCUGGAAGCCUGCUCGUUAGCCCAACCCACAUCUCUGACGCCGGUACCUACACCUGUUUGGCCACCAACUCUCGGGGAGUAGACGAGGCCUCGGCAGACCUGGUCGUAUGGGCCCGGACCCGCAUCACCAAGCCACCCCAGGACCAGAGUGUCAUCAAGGGCACCCAGGCCUCUAUGGUGUGUGGAGUGACCCACGAUCCUAGAGUGACUAUCAGGUACUCCAGGCAAAGAGGAGGCUUGGGUGUGGCCCACCCUGGAAACUUUCUGACCUCCUUUCACUGA